AGCUCGUGGCGUAUGGACGUAUUCAUUGCGGCCGCAGUACGCGUCAACACGUUACAGGCGUGUUUUGUCGGGACCUUAAUGAAAAAUUGAUGAAAACGCUGGUUUAACGAUCCUCCCCGCUUCACAGGGGCAUAUUUAGACUGUGUUUUUAAUUAAACUUUGUGCGCUGUACGGAUAUUGAGUGUAUAAUGUAGUCAUUGCUGAUACGGUACAAGUAAAAGUGAUAUGUUGUGACACCGUGACAAUGACAGCGAGCUAGUGUUGUGAAAGUGUCGAUAUCGGUAAAAUGGCGAGACUGUUGCUGGUGUUUUUAUUGCCAGCGCUCGCCGCGGCUGCAACAUCACCCGGUGACGCUGACACGUGUAAUCCGGACAAAAUGACAGUUUAUCGGAUGGUGUUGCAUACUUAUUGGACCAGGGAAAAGUUUCCGAAGCAUUACCCGGAUUGGAGGCCGCCCGCUCAGUGGUCGAAAAUUUAUGGAGUAUCACACGACAGAUCGUACGUCCUCUUCCGCCUGGGGCGACGGGUAUCACUCCCUGUUCGUCAGUUCACCGAAUCCGGUCGGUCAGACGCCCUAGGUUCGGCCCCGGGUACGAUGGACGUAUUCGGAGCCCCUGCGAUAACACAGGGCGCAGGGCGAACUGAGGCCGAGUUCUUUGUCGAUGGAAACCAUUCCAGAGUAUCCGUGAUAGCCAGAAUGAUACCAUCUCCGGACUGGUUUAUAGGGGUGGACAGCUUUGAUCUCUGCGUGGACGGAAAUUGGCUUGAUAGCAUUACUAUCGAGGUAGAUCCACUGGACGCAGGUACGGACAAUGGCUUCACGUUCACAGCUCCGAACUGGCCGACUGCACCGCAAGGGGUCGCUUACCGCAUCACAUCGAAGUAUCCAUCGCACCCCGCUGGAUCAUUCUUCUAUCCCCAUCUAAGAAGAUUACCACCAAUUGCCACUUUCCAGUUCAUUAAGCUACGAGAAUACGAACUGUCCGAAGUAUUUCACCGAUCGAGCGACGAUCGAAGGUACGACGUGUUGCAAUUGGACAAGCUCAGUCACAACAGUAUCGACGUGCUGGACGGGAACCGGGCUCUGUCCAUCGCUGAAGAAAUCGAACGUGCUGAAGCACCUAAGAUCUACUCGGAGGGGUCAAUGACCACACCUGAUGCCGCUUACUCCUAUUAUACAGUGACCAAUACGACAGCGAAUACAACCGAAGAGCCUCGGUCAGCAAACGAGCUACCAACAUCUGGUCCGACUGCUAGCGAGAGGUCAGCGCUACGGAGUCUGGCGAGGCGGUACCGGGCCAGGAGGCGACGCAAGCUGCGAGCGGACAACGCUGACCCAGCAGAGAGGAGAAAGCGAAAAAGAGCCAAACUUCUCGAUUGCCGCGUCUCAGCGUGGGGAGAAUGGAGUCCUUGCCGCAGUGACGGCGGCUGCGUCGGAUCAGUGUUGCGUACGCGCAGGAUAAUCCGCCGCCAGCGGCCCGGUGGUGCCCCCUGUCCUCCGACAGCGCAAUCACGAUGGUGCGCAACCAACUGCACCCUCUCACAGCCGCGCGAAGACUGGCGAAAUAAUCUCACGUAAUUCCGUUUCCAAAUUUAAAAUGGUUAAGUUAUUCGAAUUUAUCAAUCAAAGAAGGCUUUUCUCGAGGUCGAGUGCUAUAAGUGAUUAGUUGAGAAAAUUCUUUGUAAGCAUGUUUCUAUUUCCUUUUUUUUGUAUAGAUACUUUUUUAGAAUCUUUGUCUCUCCGUCCAAAGAUAUCAGUUUGUUUUUAUUCCAAAUUCAAAUUUGUUCUUAUCGUUUUAAUGUAAAUUCACAGUGUGUAAAGAGAAAUAAUCAAUAAAAUUAUUGUAUAGAAUAAAUUUAUUAAGAGAUGACUGUCGAUGUUUGCGAUACACAUUAUUUACCGCUGUACCUAAGUAAGCUUCUUAAAUAUUUUUGUUUGUCAAUUAUUGUUAGGACUAAGAAUUAGGUUAAAUGGAAAAGAGGAAUGAGUUUUCUUCGCAUUUUUCGCCAUCUAUAUGUUCAUAAUCAUUUAUCCGCUAAAUUAGAAAUUUUAAUCAAUUUAAAUUUCCUCUAUAUUAAAAAAAAACUGGAAUUAACCCAUCGAAUGCUUUUGAACGUGAUUAUUUCUUGUAAUUUCUAAACUUAUUAAUUAAAACCCAUAUUUACCUUCCCAUACUUUUUGUGGUCUAGUACAAAAUAAUAUGGUGUCUUAUGAUAAAAAAAUAAUAAAGAAUCAAAUUUAUAUUAUCGUCUGAUUUAAUUAAAUAUCCAUUAUUAAUCUGAUCAUUAAGUUAUACCACAGUGUAAAGAGCAACCAGUUGUCCAACCCAUAUGGUACGUCCCGAAUGAAUAUAUAACAGUUCGGGACGCACUGCUCUGUCUAGAUGUGUUUGUUGGAUGACUGAUAUAGGAAAGAUCUUUUUUCUAUUAUUAUAGGUACAUUAUAUAUUUAUUAGUGGGUGUGACAAAGUCACAGAAAAAAUAAUUUAGUUUAUGACAGUUUAUGACAUACAAACAUAGUCCAUAGCAUUUCCACAAUUAAGACGCUAUUAACGAUAAUGUAUUAAUUUAUCUCAACUUGUAUUAAGUAAAACAUUACCCUCCCUUUUUGGUAAUUGGAUAAGAAUAACUGUUAAAAAUGUUUUUUUUCAAUAAAGAAACAGGUUGAUAACUACAAUAAAUAUUUCUUAUGAUAAUUCUCUCAUAGAAAACAUAUUUUAAAAAAAAUUGUAAUAAUACACAUAUCGCUUACCUAAGACUUGUAACAGUGAUUUACGAGUGUAGUCAAUUCGUUCACGCAAUAAAGUUAUUCCGAAGAUCCGAUCUUUUAUAAAAAAAAAAAACUAAAUCUAUAUAUAUAAAAAACAGAAGAUAAAAACAGAUUAUCACCACCAUUUUAAUACAACAAAUGUUUAUUAUUCUAUAUUUAUGUUUUUAAUAUAAUUAAUUAAUUGCUAUAAUAACCAAUCUACAUUAAAAUAUGUAAUAGUUCUUAACCUAAAGUAUCCAUACUCAGAACUACAUGAAAUUCGUUCUAUGAAAGAUAUUUCAAUAGAUUUAAAUUUAAUUUUGUAUUUUAAAAACAAUUUCAUAGCUUUACCAUUUUUUUUAAUAUAAAUUAAUUAAAAUUUUCCUAUGAAAAUUUCCCGUUUAAUUUCCGUGUUUACAUGACCUUGAUAGGACAAUGUACCUACAGUUAUCAGAUUACUACGGAAUAAAUUAAUCUUAAAUUUGAUGAUUAAUUCAGAUACGAUUCUAAUUUCACUUUGUGAAACUUUCAAAGUAAAUAUUUUAGCUUGGAAGACUUUAAUUAGAUUUAAAAAAUAAAUAUGUACUGAGACACUAUAAGUCGCAUUAUAUGUUUUACAUUAUUUCUAGACUUUUAUGUUUAACUUUCGACUUUCCAAUGUAACAUACAUUUCGGUCAAUCGAUUUUUAAAAAUUAAAAUUUUAAAACGCUCAACUUACAGUUGUUUCCGUAAUUUAUUUUUAAAAGUAACUUGUUUAUUUAUUGUAAAAAGAAAAUAAUAAUAAUAACAACAACAACAAAACAUGCGAUAUUAAAUACUGAAGAUUUAUUAAUACCGCUUAUGCCAAAGAAAAAUGAAGCUUGAUUUAUGAGGGACUUUCUUUAUAUGUAAUUUAGGUGUAAUCAUUUCAUACAUGUAAAUAAAUUAGUUUAUUACUAUAAGAAAUAUACUGAAACAAAACAAAGUCACGCGACGAAAACGUCCAACUGUGAAAUAAGUUUUUGACAGUUUAUAAUCCCAUAUUUAUUUUAUAAGUUUUUAUCGCAUAAAAGAUGAUACUAAUUCAUCAAGCUCUUUACUGCACACUAUAGGUCGUGCCAACGAUUCGAAUAUACAAUCAUACAUACAUAUAUUUUUUAUACUUGGCGUAUUUAGGAAAUAAUACUGGCUUAUCCUUUUAUUUUACGAAAAAAUCAAAUAUAUAUUAAAAAAAUGACUUAAAUAAAAAAAGGUUUCAGUACUAGUUAAUUACACACUAUUGCAGGUAAUAGCUUAAUCAAACAACGUUUGAUUGCGAUUCAGGGAUCCUGAGAUAGAACUCCAGCUUAAGACUUUGAAUUUUUAAAUCCAUGAUUUAAUCAUUUAAAAAUCAUUCUCAUUUGCUUUGUGCUUCAAAAGACAUGUAAAACCGUCAUUCUGUAAGCCACAUAAAUCUUUCAUAUAUAUUUUUAUUUACAAUAAUAUACAAAUAAAGAAAAUCAUUAAAAACUCCGACAACAGAUGGCGACACAUCUUUACUUAAACAGUAAUGUAAUUUAAAAUUAUUUUUCUUCUUAUUCUAAAAAAAAAAAACUUUUUAAUCGAUCGAUUUUGUCAUAUAUUAAUUCGCAAUUGACAUUGCCUUUUAGAUCUUUAAUUACUUUAGAAACGAUGAUAAUCAAUCAGCGAUACCAAUUAAGGUCACAAGAUUCACAAUACAUUGCACAAUUACGAUGUAACAUUUAAUUAUACAUCCGUACAUUAUUAAUAAUGGAUUAUCAAUUAACUGAACAAUUAUAUACAUGUAUGAAUUGAUUAUAGAGAAUCUUCAAUAAUUUAGGUGUAAAAUGUCAAAAUUAGGAUAGUAAAUGAAAUUAAAGCUAUAGAAAAUGUAAAAUAGAGCCGAUGAAAGCUGAAAAUGUUAACCUUAGCGUAACUAAUUGGAGUAUGUGUAUUUUUUACAAUGUAAAUUAUUCUGAUUUCAAUAAUAAAACGUCUUAAAUAACAA